UUCUGAUUCUGUCGCUUCCGUGCGCGGGCCCUGAGCUGACUUGCUCCAUUGAAAGUGACCUAGAGCGGACUGAAGAAACGUGGACUGCUCCUAGCGAUUGCUCCCCGCACCACCGCGUUUGGGAGGCGGGGACGGGGGCUCUGCGCACGCGCGGCGCAGGCGCACGUGGAGUCGGCGUUGUCACCUGAGGGUGAUCGCGGAAUAGCGUGAGUGAGAGUGGGACCCCAACCCUGGUCGGAUCCGGCCUGGGACCGGCAGAAUCUGAGACCAAAGCAGAUUCUGCAGACAGAAGUGACUGCCUAUCUUGAUUUCCUUCUGGAGCACAUAACUGAUUCUCAAAAUGGCCGCAGCUCCUCAAGCAGGGAGGGGAUCUAUUCGCAAGACAAGGCCUCUCACUGUAAAGACAUCCUUGAACAACCCGUAUACUAUCUGCUGGAGCCCUCUGGAGAGAGAGGAUAUGCACUUCAUAUUACAGACGCUUGAAGACAGGUUUAAAUCUAUCGGACUUAAGAAGAUUGAAGAUAAGAAGAGAAUGAAAAAAACACCUUCUUUAAAAAAACGGAACAGAGAAAAAUGCAGCAUAACUAUUGAUAUUAGUGAGGAUCUGAAGGAGAAAAAAACAGAUACCGACCAGCAAGUGUCAGGGUGGACACCUGUGCAUGUCAGGAAGCAGCUGGCCAUUGGUGUUAAUGAAGUUACCAGGGCUCUUGAAAGGAGCGAACUGCUUUUAGUUCUAGUGUGUAAGUCGGUCAAGCCUGCCAUCAUCACCUCACACCUGAUUCAGUUAAGUUUAAGCAGAACUGUCCCUGCUUGUCAGGUUCCCAGGCUCAGUGAGAGAAUCGCCCCCGUCAUUGGCUUAAAAUGUGUUCUAGCCUUGGGGUUCAAAAAGAACACCACUGACUUUGUAGACGAAGUAACAGCUAUCAUUCCCAGAGUACCCAGUUUAAAUGUACCAUGGCUUCCAGACAGAAUCGAAGAUUUCAGGGAAAAUUUAGAGAUGGAGGAAAGCCAAGACAAAGAAAUUUUGGAAACUUCAUUUGAAGAUCUCUCAAAACAUAAGAGAAAGCAUGCGGAAAGCCAGCAGGCUUCUGCUGUGGUAUUACAGGCCCUUAAAAUAAAGAAACUGAUCCCAAACCCUAAUAAAGUCAGGAAACCACCCAAAGUAAAAAAAGUACUUCGAAGUAAUCUUGGAUAAACUUGGCAUUUCAUACAAGUUAUAAAAGGUCACCUUGUAAAGGAACUCUGAAAUUAAUAAAAUGAGUUAGAUUUACAUAUAUUCUUAGGAUCCUGUCUGGUAAUGUUCAUUUGAAAUGAGUAAGACUUCAUAAUCAGAUGGCACAGAUAAACUGAAGCCCCAAAUCAUGGUGUAGAAAAUCUUAAAAAAUACGCAUAUCAAAACAAAAGUUUAUUGAAACUAAUGUUCAUGCCUGCAUAAAUUCACUCCUUUAAAGGCUGGUACAAUGCUUAUAAGCAAGAACAUCUGUAUCCUAUAACACUUGACAUUUUUCAAACUUGGAAAAUGUGUCACAGUAAACAUGGUUCUAGUUAGUAAGGUAGAUGAAACUAGAUUGAAGAAGCAUUAUCGUUUUUAAAGGAAAGAUACUAAAUGCCAAGCAACAUGCUGUUCAGAAACUGUCACUUUUUAUUUCAUCUCAAUUUGACUUUCUUUGUAGGUAGGCUUAGAUAAAAUCUUGGAAGGAGGACUUGGUAUUUUAGAAAAAGCCAGUUAAGAUAUUCAGUGACAGUUCACCCCUUUACACAAUUUGUUUCCCGGGAUGUAUAAAAAGUAUGAUGGGGAGGCCAGCUGGUAGGUACAGUGGUAAAACACAACGCUCUUUGAGGCAGUCCCACAUGGGAAGGUUUUGCAUUCAUGGCCAGAGGCUCCUCCCGUGUAUGCCCACAUGUGUUUACGAUCUGGGGCUGGCUGAGGCC